UAGCACUACUACUAUUGCUAGCCUGUGCCGUCCAUCUUGUUUACCUUUUCUAAGCUAACGUUAGCUUGUUCCCCAGCAGAGAUGGACGACGGUGACGAGCCGGGUUUAGUCCUCUCACAUAAUACUUCUUCAGGGUCAAAGUCAGGUGGUGACAAGAUGUUUUCCCUGAAGAAGUGGAAUGCAGUAGCAAUGUGGAGCUGGGACGUGGAGUGCGAUACUUGUGCCAUUUGUCGGGUACAAGUGAUGGAUGCCUGCCUCCGAUGCCAGGCGGAAAAUAAACAAGAGGACUGUGUUGUUGUGUGGGGAGAGUGCAACCACUCCUUCCAUAACUGCUGCAUGUCCCUUUGGGUGAAGCAGAACAAUCGCUGCCCCCUCUGCCAACAGGACUGGGUGGUUCAGAGGAUUGGAAAAUGAGCAUCACAUCCAGGUGGACUUCAUGUUUGCACUCAAGUGGUGACAGAUUUGCCAGUGAUGCCGGCAGCGUCCUUUGUGGUCCUCCUAGUAACGAUUGCAUGUCUCCAGUAGUCCUGGUAUAGGAGGACGAUGGACAAAGUUAAACCUGCACAGCUUGGUCGCUGAAAGGAACAAGUCAUGAAGAGACCAAUGAAACGUAUUGCAGUGUUUCGGUCACAUGUUGGCUUUACAUUAUUGUCUGUUGUAGUGUUUAGCACAUCUUGAAUAUGUGAGUUUCUUUUUAAAAAAAAUAAAGAAUUGUGAAUAGCUGUAAUCCAGAUAUCCUUGGUAUAUAAUUCCUAUAAACAAGUGCCACUGUGGAGAGUGAUAUUGUGUGUAGUUAUACAACAACUGUAUUUAAUUUUGUAGGGAAGUGCACACUGACCUCCCAUGAGGCGACUUGGUUUCAAACUAUAACAAUAAUCUAAAACUGCAAAUACCUAAAUAAAUACCUUUAAAUUCUAAUGGAUUGCACUUUUUUACAUUCAGAUAAUGAUCUGUAGACUAAUUUUUUGUCUUUUCAGAUAUGUUUUGUAUCUAGUCCAUAAGCCAGAGGUCUGUUAAUGAGGUCCAUUGAUGAAAAAGAUGACUAGUUGUGGUUUGGACUUCUUGAUCUGCUUCAGUUAGAAAACUGAACUAAGUGGUUGACAGCCCUGCUACCUUGAUUACAUGUGUGCUAAGUCUGGCAUUCUGCAGCUAAAUGUUACCUUGUUGAUAAUUUACAUAAUCUCAUGAAAGUUACUUAAAUAAUUGGAUUUUUCUUUAGCAUGUGUAUAAGGAUUUUCUGCUGU